CCGGAAGUAGAAGCGUCGCGAUUCGCCAGCUCGAGACUUCUGAGUUCACUCCAAAACAAAAGCGCAGGUGGAGAGUUUAAAGCUCAUCGCUGUCCCGGGUGUCGGAACGACACCUGGUUGUUUUGUCUAAUUUUGUCUGACAGGAGAUUUUUGAUAGGAAUCGGACUGAUGGCGAAAAUCCGAUUUUCUUGACUUUGUUAGCCGGUUAGCGGCCUAGCAAGCUAAUACUAAGUUAGUGACGUAUUAGCCGUUGAGCUAAACGUGACAGUUUGCUGUAGCUUGAGGUUUAUCCGCAGAAAGUGAGGAUGUUUUGUUAAAUAAGAUCUUCUGCUGCUAAGCUGCGAGUAAAAUGAGUUGGUUUAACGCUUCCCAGCUGUCCAGUUUCGCUAAACAGGCUCUGAGCACCGCACAGAAAUCCAUCGACCGAGUUCUGGACAUAAAGGAAGAGGAUCAGUGGGGCGACGCCAUCACACCGAGUUUAGACGAUGUCGAGAUCAAGCCAGUGCCCACAGGAUGGGGGAUGAACCAGUGGGAUUCUCCUUCGGAGGAAUGCCCGAAGACCCUCGUGCCUUCAUCAGAAGCCAUCACCAAGCCCGUCACUCGCACUGUGGUCGAUGAAACUGAGAGUUUCUUCAGUGCCUUCUUGUCUCCUGGAGACGGGCAGCCGGUCAAGAAGACUUCGGUCGUGUCCGUGGCGCCUGCCAAGUCCUCCUGCCGGCUGCAGGAGAAAUCAGAAGAAGAGACGCAACCCGCCGCUCAGGAUGAUGUUGACUCUUCCACGGCUUCUCGAGAAGAUCUGAGCGAACAAAGCAGUGCCCAAGUCGCGGAGAGCCAGCCAGAGGAGGUGAAGCCAAAAGAUGAAGCAUCUGUUCUGGAGCAAAAAGAGGACUCAGAGAGCAAAACGGAGACACAGGAUUCUACUUCGAGUCCGCAAGUCGCAAAAGCGGACAUGCCUGCGGAGCCCAAAUGUACAGAAAAAGCCGAAAGCUGUGGUUCUGCUGAGCUGAAGAGCCCGGGGAAAGACCCACCCAAAGACGACAUGCUGGAAUCCAAAGAUGCGAAAUCGGAAGACCGGCAGAGUGACACUCCGUCUCCUCCUGUGAGCGCGUUUUCUUCCGGUACCUCCACAACCAGUGACAUUGAGGUGCUGGACCACGAGAGUGUCCUCAGCGAGAGCUCAGCCAGCUCCAGGCAGGAGACAGCUGAGGUCAAAGCGGGGCUGCACCUCAUGCAGGGCUCCUUCCAGCUCCUCUCCGCUUCCACGUGCAGCGAUUUCCCGCGUCUGGACGACUACCCGAAGCUGACGGAGAGCUGUGGGUCUUCGUCUGACGCCUUUGAGCGCAUCGACUCGUUCAGCGUACACUCUCUGGACAGCCGCAGCGUCAGCGAAGUCAACUCUGAUGACGAGAUCCCCGGCAGCCGCACUCUGGCGUCGGUUACUGCCGGAACCAGCCCGCUCUCAGCUUUACCGGCACCACAGACCGAACAGGAACAGGAAGAGGUGGAGGGAGGUACAACUGAUUCCAUAAAGGACCAAUCGAUGGACGAGAUGGAGGAGAGCGGGCGUAGCGCAACUCCAGUGAACUCCGAACAGCCAGAAGAGCUUCUGGAGGAGGAGCAGGAAUCCGGGUCACAUCUCACGCUGACUAAUGAAAGAACUGAACCUGAAGAGUCAUGCGAUUCGGUGACAUCACCCAUAACUGAGGAGCAGAAAGGAGCCUCCACUUGCCAGCUCCUGGAACUCCAGAAGAUGGUUGAUGAGCUCACAGGCAGGCUGGAGAAACGAGAAGCCCAGCUGCUCGCUGUGAGUAAAGACAAGGCUCGACUGGAGGAGGAGUGUGAUAAUCUCAAAGAUGAAAUGAUCAGUCUGAAGGAGGAGAGCGCCAGUGUGCAGUCUCUCAAAGACGAGUUCACACAGCGCAUCGCUGACACAGAGAGGAAAGCUCAGCUCGCCUGCAAGGAGCGGGACAUUGCAAAGAAGGAAAUCAAGGGUCUGAGAGAAGAGCUGUCGACCAGGUUCAACUCCACCGAAACCCUGGAGCUGAUCAGAGAGAAGGAGGAACAGAUCAAAGGCCUUCUAGAAGAGGGUGAGAAGCUGUCCAAGCAGCAGCUGCAGCACUCCAACAUCAUCAAGAAGCUGAGGGCCAAGGAGAAGGAGAGUGACACGAAGAUCGCCAAGCAGGCCAAGAAACUUAAAGAGCAAGACGACGAACUCAAACAGCUGCAGCAGGUUUUAGAUGCGAAGGAGGAGCUGGAGAAGCAGCACAGAGAGAGCAUUAAGAAGCUGAACGCUGCUGUGGAGCGUCAGGAGAAGGACCUGAGCAAGCUGCACACUGAAAACGAUGAGGUACAUGAGAAGAACCGCAGCCUGCAGGCCGCCCUGGACGCCUCUUACAAGGAGCUUGCCGAGUUGCACAAGUCCAACGCUACGAAGGCCAGCGAGGCACAGGAGCUGGCUCUCAGCCGUGAGGUCCAGGCCAAGGAGGAGCUCAGCCUGGCAUUGGACAAAGCCCAGGAAGAAGCCCGCCUUCAGCAGGAGGCUCUGGUCAAUCAGGUGGCAGAUCUGAGGUUGGCUCUGCAGAGAGCUGAGCAGCAGCAGGCCAGGAAGGAGGACUACCUCCGAGAGGAGAUCAGCGAGCUUCAGCAGAGGUUGCAGGAUGCAGAGACCAGAAACCAGGAACUCAGUCAGAGCGUUACGUCGGCAACGAGGCCCCUCCUCAGGCAGAUCGAGAAUCUGCAGUCGACUCUGGGAUCUCAGACGGCAUCCUGGGAAAAGCUGGAGAAGAACAUCUCCGACCGUUUAGCCGAGGCUCAGACCCAGCUUGCUGUUGUGGUAGAGAAGGAGCGCUCUGCGACAGAGGAAAUCCAUGCUGUCAGGGCUCAGCUGGCUUCUCUGGAGUCUCAGAAUUCCUCACUGCGGCAGGAGAAGGGACGGCUGCAGGGCCAGUUGGACAUUGAGAAGACUCGGUGUGAGAAGCUGGAGAACGACAGCAGCAGGGAGCGAGUUGAGCUGGAGAACCUCAAAGGCGAGUACAGUCGAGCUCUGGAAGAGGCCAAAAAGGAAAAGCUGCUGCUAACAAACCAGCUUGAGAUGGAGAAAGUGAAGGUGGAGCAGGAGAAAAAGAAAUGUUACCUUGCACAAGAGGCCUUAAAGGAAAAGGAGCGGAAGGCGCUGAGUGUAUCGCUGAGCGAGCCUCCUGCAUCCUCCACUCCAUCUCUCUCUCGCUCCAGCUCCAUCAGUGGGGCUGAUCACAGCGGCAUACACACCUCUCUGUUCCCCCACGACGACUCUCCAGAUCACUCGUUUGCCUCCGUGACCCUCAGUGGGAGCAGCCUGUACGAGGCGGCGCGUCUCAGCGGAGGCUCCAGCAUCAUCGAGAACCUACAGUCGCAGCUCAAACUACGGGAAGGAGAAAUCGCACAGCUCCAGGUGGAGAUCUCAAACCUGGAACGGACUCGCUCGGCGAUGGCGGAAGAACUGGUGCGCCUGACAAAUCAGAACGAUGAUCUGGAGACCAAAGUGAAGGAGAUCCCGAGGCUCAGAGUGCAGCUCAAGGACCUGGAGCAGAGACACAACACCAUCCUGCAGAUGUACGGAGAGAAAGCGGAAGAGGCCGAGGAGCUGCGGCUCGACCUGGAGGACGUCAAGAUCAUGUACAAGUCGCAAAUCGAUGAGCUGCUCAAGAACAAGAAAUAACCUCUCUCUCAUACUCUCUGUGCGCGCGCACGUGAUCUUGCUGACUGACGUCGACGUGCAUUUACUGUAAACAGACAAACUUGCUGAUAGUGCAGGAAAACAGAAGCUCUGGGGUGUGCAAGAGACUCACGGUUGGUCCGUGAACAUGUACGUUUUUCCUCAUUUGUGCUCUGUUUUUCUUGAUCAAAUGUUUAAUCUGUAGUUAUUUAUGGAGUUGUGGGAGCAGACAUCUUAAAUGUGAUUUUUGUUUUCCUCAAAAUUUGCAGACUUGAAACGGACAAGCGUUUGUCUCUGAGAUGCACAUCGAUUUGCACUUUUAAGAUAAGAUUUAACCUUUAAGCCUUUUCAUCUUGCAAUGUUCAAUAUUGAAUACCACCCCGGUUAAAGGAGCAAUUUGUUAUUUUUUAUUAAGCAAUGAAAAUAUGGACAAACUUUCAGUUUAGCCGACCCUAUGCGCCGGGGGCAAAAUUAAUCUUUUUAAUCUUCAAAAGACUUCUUCUUUUGUCUGGAGGUGCAGUUAUUUUCUGGGAGAGAAAACUCUAAACAAAAAAAAAAAAGAAGCCUUAGAUAAAUACUGGAGCUAGAUUCUUUGCACAAUAAGGUUGAUAAUCUUUGUUUUUUGAAGGUUUUUUUUUUUUAAUUGGAUGAUUAUUCCAGGCCAAGAAACACUUUAAGAAUUCCAUACUGCACCUUUUAAACACUUCAGAUGAUACCCUGCUCAGUCAUAAUCAGCUAAUUUCAAGGAAUGAAGAAACACACUGGCAGCCUCUUUAUAUAAAAAAAAAGCUUUGUGCUUUUAAAAUGCAUAUAUAAUAAUAUUUAUGUGAAGUAAAAUUGCUGUCUCAUUAAUACCUUCCUAUGUAAUGAUCACUAGUGUGAAGAAGUAAAACUCUGAGUGGGGUUUACAGUCAACUCGAGUAGAUUGGUGAAGGUUAGCGCUUGCACUAAACUCUUCGCCUGCCUGUUCUUCUCGUUUACUUGCGGCCCACCAGAACAGCUUCAAUCCACCUUGGCAUUAAUUCUGCAUGUUUCUGGAAAUGUAAUGGAGUGAUGAUCAGCGUGCUUCUAAAAGACCGAUCCCUCGGUUGGUGUUUUGGUAUUGACGUCUCGUACAUCACUCCAACAUCGCUCGCUGGUGUUCAUCUGGGGGUGUGAAAGCUCAAGGAGCUGAUUUCCAUCAUGUUUCAUCACAAAACCAUUCUGUAACCCCUCCUACCCUGUGUGUAGAGGGGUGGAGCCAUCCUGGAUGUGACCACACCCGUGAGGAGAGAAACAUUUCAUCACAGAAGAACUCCGUGAACUCAAGCCAUGCCAGAAACAAAAAUAAAUGCCCCUACCCUUUUCAUUAUAACAAUAACAGAGCUACCUGUUUUUUGUUUUUAUUUUAAUUUGUAGAUUUUUUUUUUUAAUUCACAUAUUGUGUAGGUGUGUGUUAAUAGUCAUGGAUAAGAGGGAUCCACUUUUAGUGUAAAUCUGUAAAUAAAAUGAAUAUUGCCA